UUCUGGACCCAUCGAUGGCCGUCGCCUCGACGCCGCUCGUCGCGGCACCAUCGUGCCCGGCCUGGGCGAAGCAUCGUCGCGGGCGCCAGCCGCAGUUCGACGGCAAGCCGUGCGAGCCUGCUAACUAAGGAGGAGGACAUGUGGCUGUGCCUGGCCGACGGCCGCGCGCGCAGCACCGCCGACCUGAAGCGCCUGGCGACAGCCGCUCGGGUGCGAGCGAAACGAGCAGGAGAUGCAGCCGCCGCGAACACGCGCGAUCGGCAGGCGCGCGACCAGCGCCGCCGGCAGCGUGAGCAGCACGACCGGCGCGCAGCGCCGGCGGUCGCCAAGACCGUGCGCCCACAACGCGGCCAGUGUGGCUGCCCGGCGCACGCGGUGUGCGGCAUGUGCGUCGACCAGGGCAAGCUCGCCGCGGCCGAGCAGGCGGCCAUCGACCUGGAGACGCGCUUCCACGCCUCGACGAACGUCGUCAUGGACCUGGAGCGGCCCGAGGACGAGACGGCGGCGCUGCUGCAGCGCUGCGUGCACGUCUCCGACGAGACGAAGCGGCGGCUGCUGGGCGAGUGGAGCGACGAGCGCAUGGCGCACGCGCUGCCGCUGCACGCAUGCGCCUCGUGCGGCGUGCGGGACCCGUCGCUGACGUACACGCGGGUUGACGUGUCGGCGCUGCCGCGUACUGUGUCUGUGCGCGUACUGUGUCUGUGCGCGUAG